AUGAUUCUUUCUUAUCGUCAUUUUGGGCUGAUCAAAUCAAGCUGUUCUAAACUCCUGGACAACCCCAAUGAUGCUGACGGUCGAGCGCUCAUGUCGCAGUCAUCUCAGCAGAUAUCCGACCUCUGCGGUGAGAUGGUACGCCUCCUGGAUGGUCUACGGGGUGCUAGGGCCAAGCGACCAGAUGCUGCUAACUAUUUGGCUUCAGCGUACUCUCCGGUUGCACUCUCAUACAGACCGGGUGGUUUAAUCUUUGGCCAUUCGUCCACUCACCCAUCAUGCCUUUGGGCGUGCAUAGAUUCUGUGCUUUACGAGACCUCGAAUCACGAUCGUUGGCAGCUCACUGGUCGUCACGUCCAUUACCUCUGGCUGGCCUUUAUCACACAUGCCUUCAAUGCGGCGGCACAACUUUUCGGUGACGUUGAGGUCGACAGUGUUGGCGCUUUGAUUAAUGCAAGCCGAGCGCAUUUUCGUUUUGGCCUCUACUGGUCGCUUGCCUUGGCAGAAAAUCCUAUUUUCACCCUACAUCACAUGAUUCGAAAGAUUGAUCUUAAUGCUGAUGUUGCGCUUGGCUACGAUUACAGCGUCAAUGGAAAACGUUGA